AUGGCUUCUUUUCAGGAAUGGACGGUGAAGGAGCCUUACCUUCACCUGCACAGUGGUCUGGGUGAGGGUCCCUAUUACGAGAAGCAGACAAACACACUGCGUUGGGUGGACAUUAAGCAGAAGAAGCUGCACAGCAUUGACAUUGACGUUGGGCCCGACUCAUUAAAGACUCUUCAGCUUGAUGUGGCCGUCACCGUGACAGCUGACAUCGAGGGCGUUGACCCAAAGGACAAGAUUCUCGUUGGUCUCAAGUACGGUCUUGCGGUGCUAGACCGCGCUUCUGGCAAAUAUGAGUACAUUGACAAGCUGCGCAUCGCCAACCCCGAACGUAUUCGCACAAAUGACGGCGCCAUUGAUCCCAACGGACGUUUCUGGGUCGGGAGCAUGACAGAUUUCGGAUUUGGUGAUUUUCAACCAGAAGGGGCUCUUCACCGCUUCGACGGCAAAGAAAAGCAGGAAGUGGUGAUCGAGGGCCUCACGAUCCCCAACUCAAUCGGCUGGUCGCCGGAUGCCAAGACCAUGUACUACACGCAUUCUACAGAGGGCACCGUGUACGCCUGGGAUUAUGACGUGGCUGACGGCAGCUACACCAACCACCGUGUUUUCUACAAGCACCCCACGCCUGGCCACCCGGACGGCUUCCGCGUCGACACGGACGGCAACCUCUGGCACGCCGUGUACGGUGAGGGCCACGUCCUCAAGAUCUCGCCCGAGGGCAAGGUCGUUGGCGAGAUCAAGCUCCCGACGCCCAACAUUACCUGCACGCAGUUUGUGGGUACAGAGCUCUACUGCACGAGCGCCAGCAUGGACGAGGGCGACGAGGGCACCGAAGAGCAGAGGAAGUUCGGUGGUGCUUUGUUCAAGGUCGACGUCGGCGCCAGGGGCCUGGACUUUUACGAGUUUAAGCUCUAG